AUGGUGAAACUAUGUGUCAUAUGUGGAAACAUGGAUGGUGACAACGACGUUUCAAUGCACAGAAUUCCAACUGACGUGCGUCGUCUUCAGUGGGUGGAAUUCGUGGUGAACCAAAGUUUUCCUGUAAACCUAAGCUCGAAGUUGUGUUCUAGGCAUUUUAUCCCUGGUCAUGACUACAUAGAAGGAGAGGCACAACGCCGCCGUCUGAGGCACACAGCAAUCCCAUCUUUGAUUAAAAGAGUAUACCUACAUCUAUCCACAGCAAAUAUCGUUGGCCAACGUCGACGAGUUCGCUCGGAGAAUCAUACUGUGUCCCCGCAACGAGGAAUGCCACCCCAAAUUAAUUCCACAGUGCUACGACGCGUAACGGGCGCCGUAAGAACGUACUACGCCAUAGACACAGUGAUGAUCGACGACGCCGACGAAGCGGCAAACUACCAGACAGAGUUCCUCAACGCUCUGCAUCCGAACGGGCUUCCGCCGCACGAGUUAACGCUCAAGGUCGGUUCGAUCGUCAUGUUGCUGAGAAACAUUGAUCCGAAGCGACAACUGUGCAACGGGACGAGGUUGGUGGUCACCGAACUGCGGAGACACAACUUCAAGGCGAGGAGGUUGUCCGGCGCUGACGACGCGCAGGAAGACAUCAUCUUACCCGCUGUUUCGAUAACUUCCGGUGAGGAAGACGAUUUGCCUUUUCGAAUGAAGCGGAUUCAAUUCCCGGUACGGUUGUCGUUUGCCAUGACAAUCAACAAGUCUCGGGGUCAAACGUUCGACCGAGUCGGUUUGCUCCUGCCGUCACCCGCCUUCAGCCAUGGACAGUUGUACGUUGCGUUUUCAAGAGUGAGGGACGCGCAAUCAGUUAAAGUAGGCAUGUACUGCGAUGGAAAUGGUCGAUUCGUCACCAAGAAUAUCGUGUAUGCAGAAGUUCUCUGA